AGACCUGGCUCUGCUGGAUGUCCAGGCAGUCGAGGCCGUGGCAAGUGUUUUCCAAACACUCGAAGCUCUGUGUACAAAGUACGACACGACCACUCUACCGCUACAAGUGUCCUCGAGACUUUGCCGUCAACUGGAAGACUCAAUUUUGGAAAUUUCCACAACGUACCCACUCUUUACCUUUUCUGUCUGGAGGUUGCUAGCACAUCUAGCCCCUGGUACCACCAGAUGACAACAAUGUGCACUGUAUCAUCGUUUUUUGCUUUCGCAAUGACAUUGUAUAUAUGAACAACUUUAUAGUACGACUGUAUC